CAGUUCUCGCCUUUUGUCGCGAUAGCACAGAUCCUUCCCAGUGAGAGGCUGCUCCUGAAGUGUCUUCACUCGCUGUCGGGGCUGUAGAGGCAGCACAGCCAGCCACAGUCUCCUCGCUUCAACCGUAAUUCAGUCGGGAGGGAGUCUUUUAAACUAACCCAACCAACCGAGAUCAACUCGUAGCGGUGCUCCCGAACAAACUCCGGCUCUGCUCCGACACCUUUUAAACCCCCCUGCAGGCAGUCAUGUUUAGGUGUUGAAGAAACUGCGAGCAGAAAGCACCAGAAGAACCAGCUGUGGAAAGACUCGGUGGUGAACGUCAGCAGGAUGUCCAGCCAGUUGGCCAUUUCUUUGUGAAUGGAUUAGAGGCAAGUUGUCAUCAUGCGUUGCCUGGCUGCUCGGGUGAACUACAAGACCCUCAUUGUUAUCUGCGCCCUCUUCACACUCAUUACUGUGUUGCUAUGGAACCGCUGCUCCAGUGACACCUCACUACGCUUCCUGCCCCGUGCUGCUUUGGUGGCACCAAGUCCCAAGGUGGGAGAUGCUAGCAUCAGCAGCCAGCAACACCCUCCACAGCCUCCAGAGCCCCCGCCCGUUGUCGGGGUCAUCGGUGGGAUCAAGUAUGAAGAAAUCGAUUGCCUGAUCAAUGAUGAAUCUACCAUCAAAGGCCGGCGAGAGGGCGGAGAGGUCUACCUGCCCUUCAGCUGGAUGGAAAAAUACUUUGAGGUGUACGGCAAAGUAGUGCAGUACGACGGCUACGAUCGCUUUGAGUUCCAGCACAGCUAUUCAAAGGUUUACGCACAGCGCGAGCCCUACCACCCCGAUGGAGUCUUCAUGUCGUUUGAGGGAUACAACGUGGAGGUCCGCGAUCGAGUCAAGUGUAUAAGUGGAGUUGAAGGUGUGCCCCUGUCCACUCAGUGGGGACCUCAGGGCUACUUCUACGCCAUCCAGAUCGCUCAGUACGGCUUGAGCCAUUACAGCAAAAACCUGACCGAGCGCCCUCCCCACGUCGAGGUCUACGACACAGCUGAGGAGAGAGACAGCCGGGCCAGCACAGCGCCCUGGAGUGUGCCGAAAGGUUGCAGUCUCAGCCGUGUCUACGACAAGACCAGAGCUACCUCCGUGCGUCAGUUCAGUGCUCCAGAGUCCUCCGAAGGCGCGUCCCUCCAGCUGGGUAACUCCAAAGACUUCAUCCUCAGCCUGGACGUCAAGUUUAUCUCCAACGGCAGUGUGUCUGUGAUCCUGGAAACCACAGAGAAGGGCCCACCCUUCACCAUCCACUACGUGACCAGCACGCAGCUCAUCGCCUUCAAAGACCGCGAGAUCACGUACGGUAUCGGUUCACGGACCGCCUGGAGCACUCUGACCCGAGACCUGCUCACCGACCUCAGGAAGGGCGUCGGCCUGUCCAACACAAAGGCAGUGAAGGCCACAAAGAUCAUGCCCAGACGGGUAGUGCGACUCGUCCUUCACGGACGUGGCUUUGUUGACAAUGUUACUAUCUCCACCACCGCCCACAUGGCCGCCUUCUUUGCCGCCAGCGACUGGCUGGUUCGCAACCAGGACGAGCGAGGCGGCUGGCCCAUCAUGGUCACGCGCAAACUGGGUGAAGGCUUCCGGCCUCUGGAGCCCGGCUGGUACUCGGCCAUGGCUCAGGGCCAGGCCAUGUCCACCCUGGUGAGAGCCUACCUCCUCACCAAGGACCAGGCUUACCUCAACGCUGCCCUAAAGGCAGUAGGACCCUACAAGGUGCCUUCAGCGCAGCACGGGGUCAAAGCUGUGUUCAUGAACAAAUACGACUGGUAUGAAGAAUACCCCACCACACCCAGCUCCUUUGUCCUCAACGGCUUCAUCUACUCCCUGCUGGGACUCUUUGACUUGACUGAGACAGCCGGAGAGAAGCUUGGCAGGGAGGCUGGGCAGCUGUUCAGCCGCGGCAUGGAGUCGCUGAAGGCAAUGCUGCCCCUCUUUGACACGGGGUCUGGGAGCAUCUAUGACCUACGUCACUUCAUGUUGGGCACCGCACCCAACCUGGCACGCUGGGACUAUCACACCACGCACAUUAACCAGCUACAGCUGGUGGCAUCCAUAGACAACUCUCCCAUAUUCAAGGAUGUGGUCAAGCGCUGGAAAAACUACUUAAAAGGGAUCCGUGCCAAGCACAACUAGACAAACAGCAACCCACGUAUACAAUACAGCUGAGAUGAUGACUGAAAGGUUGAAUGGACUGUAGACUGAAUGUGAGGAGGAUGCUCACUGUGCGCGUCCCAGUUUCGGUUGAGGUUUAUAAUCUAAAGAAUGAGUUUAUUCAGCUGCAGCUCUCAGCAUUAAACGUUUCUCAUGUGCUCUGUUGCAGGAUUUAUAUUUUCUGCAACACUGACUGUAGCUCUCCUCCACUGUUUUUCUUUUUCUUGAGCUAGUGUUUGUAAUUAUGCACAGACCUAGUUUCAGAGUGUGUGUUCAGGAAGUGUGUAUGAGUGUGUGUGUGUGUGUGUGUGUGUGUGUGUGUGUGUUGUUUAAAAGUUACAAUAUAUGAUGUUAGAGAGUUAAAUUGACAAACUGAAUCACAGAUUUCUUUAAUGCAUCCAACACACGUCUCUUCUCCAGUUGUAUUUUUUUAGCCAGACUUAGAAAGUUUAUUAAAAUCAAAUAAACUGUAAAAAAUAAAAUAAAAAUCUAAAUAUAUUAUAAAUUAUUUUGAGGAGAAUGUUGCCAAAAAAAUAAUUAUAUCAAUAUAAAAUACAAUAUAAACAUUCUGCAUUUGUUUAUCCCACAACCCUCAAAAGUUUUUAAUCAAUCAGUUCAAAUCAGUUAAAUGAUCAAUGUUUCUACUUCCUUUCUGAACACAGUUAAACAGUCACAGAUAUUUUCUAUUUGUUAUGUAUUUAGUGAGCUCUUUUAUUUUCCUUUUAGUCAUUAAGUCAACGAUUAGGUGUCUGUCAAGCUGCUCGAAACGAAGCUCAGAGGAAUAAAAUGCCUCAUACCACUAUGUUUGAUUUCCGAUGGUUAAACCGGCUCCGCUCCCAGGAGAUCUCCGUCGCUUCCUACCCACAAAUCCACUGUGCUUAGCCGAGAUCUUGAAGGUUGCCUGCAUGACUUCGUCUCAGGUCAUGUGACUUACACUGGGCUCAGGUUGUGUUUCUGUUGAGACUGCGGGUAGCACACUGCCACAUUCCCUGAGAUAAACCAAUCAGGACAGGAACUUUCUUUAAAAUUCAUUAAUAAAUCCAUUCUGACGAGUCCUCAGCGCUGAAGCUUCUGCAAUGCCGGUAUCUUUAUGUGAUGACAAACUGUGCUACCAUUUUUAGCUGUAACCAAAACCCACUAAACUCUCAGUUGGUCACAUAGUCGUCGUCGUCGUCAUAGUCACUAUCGCUUUGUGCUUCUCAUUCGCACAGUUUGGUUAAAGAUGGAAUACAGCUGAGAUUUAGAGUCUGAUAUAUUUAACUCUUGCAUGGGUGUUUUUUUCUUCAGGUUAAGGGAACAUUCAGACAGAAUCUGGCACUCCAGUGUGUCUGUUUGUGCUGGAAAUAACGUUUAUUCUGCCGAUUAACCGGCUUUAUCGAUGCAAACCCUCACUCACUGUCAUUCACUGGCUAUGUCCCUUGACCAGUGCUAGUUGGCUCCCUCUCUCUUAAACCAUUGGACAUAACCAACCAAAUUGAACUUAUUGUACUUGGUAAAUUUUGAGCCAGACACAGAUUUGAAAGCUGUGUACAUGAAAUAAACAAAGUCACAACAAAACAGGUAGAGUAUCAAAGUUUAGUCUCAGUUUCAGAGACUGGGAGGUUUCAGUCUGAGCGUCUGAUUGGCAGCUGCUUUCCUAAAACGCAGCUCAAGAUAUAAUAGCUUUUAUUAAACCGUGGCCCCGGUGCUUCGUCGCAAAGGUUUAUACUGUGGAAAACAUAAAAUAUUAUAAGUGCAACAUCAGGCUGCUGCUGUUUUUCCAAAAGUUGGAUACAGCUCAGUUUCUCAGCCACAGGUUGCACUAUCCCCACUCAGAUAAAUGGAAAAAUCUAUCAAUAACUUCUUUUCUUUCUUUUUUUUUACUUUUCUGACUGGGAACUAAAGGUGUAAAUGACUCUGAUACAUUCAAAUUGAUUCAUGUGCACUGUGUCUGAAUAAUAAAAUAAAUAUAAAUAGAAAAUCCACCUAAAGCUUCAUGCAGAUCAGUCUAAAUUAGUCCCAGCAGUCAUUUUAAGCUCCCUUCAGCUCAUUAGAAAUGUGCACAGGACACACUGGCAGUGACUUUGAACUGAUACUCAGAUGAAUCCCCCUCACUGUCAUUGUCUUUGUCUGUUUACGUACUUUGGUUUGAACUCCAGCACUAUUAAUCGUAGCUACGUUUCCAUGCCAUCCUUUUGACCUUUUUCUAAAUGGUUGUUUACUUGGAAACUUAUCUGAAAAGCUCUUCGUGUACGGCUCAAACUUCCAGAUGAUAAUUGCAACAUGUAGGUGGUGUCGAUGUAUGUGUUGUGUAUUUGAGCAGAUAGACGUGUGGGCAGCAAAUGCACAGCUAGGUUCUCACUAACAUGUCAAUUUAUAACAUUUAAAUAGACAAUGCCAGGAGUGCUGAAGGUCAAGGUGAAUUCUUGACAAACGUAACGAGGCUGUCAGUCCCAGCAGGCUCUCAUUGCUCCUCUCAGAUGUUGUGGUUGCAUGAACUCUGCGUUUUUAAUGUCAGCACUGCCCUGUUGACCGCUGUACAAGGAGAAACCGGGCUCGCCAAGACACUCACAGUUCACCCCAGCUAAUAGGCUGGAGAUCCUGCACACAAUACAGUCGGUAGUCGGGGGAUGAGUCAGCACUCGCAAAGAAAACAAAGUGGAGCCCUCAGCAUUAAUGAGGCUUUCAUCGAUCUACUUUAAAGAUUAUUAAUGGGACGCAGGAGAAUCAGGCUGGUUUGUUCUUCUGAAGGUGUUGAUGGUGAAUUUUUCUUUUAGUCAUUUUCAUAAAACUUUGAGAGGAAAACUUUCUUUUUUUUCUUCUCCUAGAUGGGUCUGCUUCCAAACUGUGAGCUUUUAAGAUGAAAUCAAAACAAGUAUGUGAUUCAUUUCGAUGUAACGAAGAAAAAAAGAAAAUCAUGCUACUGAGAAAGUUUAAAUGAAUUCCUCUCGAUGCAUCGUCUCUAAACCACAUCUGUAACUCGACUUCUUGUUUUCAGAACUAAGGGAGAAUUUACAAGAGUAUCGGGGCAGCUGUUGAGGAACAUAUUCUAAUAUAUUUCAAGAAGAAAGUUGGAAUAUUUCAAGAAUAAAGUCAUGAUUUUAUGAAGAAAAUGAAGUAUUUUGCAAAGAAACUGUACUAUACAGUAAAUAUAAAUCAUACAUGCUGGAUUGUACAGUUACUACGAUUGCAGAAAGUGCUCAAACAUGCAUGUAAUCUGAUUAUAAUUUACACAGUUUACUCCUCAAAUCAAUCUUCCUCAUGUAAUACUGAUGAUUUAUUCCAGUAGUCAGAUUUUUUUUCUUGUCUUCUUUCUCAAAAUAUAAUGACUUUUUCUAAACAGUGCCCAUGAUGCUCCGCUGUAGAGGUUUAUACUGUGGAUUUUUUUUCAGUUAGAAGAUAAAAUAUUAUCCCAGAGAAGAAGUAUGAGUGCACUUUGAUAAUCCCAGUUUUUUUUUUAGUUUUUUUUGGAUGCAGUGCUGUCCUCGCUUUGUUCAUUUCCUGUUGGCAUUUUCUUCCCGUGAAUACUUGCAUAAUUCAUACUUUGCCAUUUCGACAGGACGAGUAGAAAAUGCGUAGUUUUAAAGGGAACAUUGAGGAAUGGAAGUUUUUUGUGUCUGAGUUACUACAGUGUGUUCAUUUUGUUUAAACCAAAGUCAUUAAUUCCAGUAUAUUUGAAUUUGUAUAUUUUUGUGUAAAACCGAUUUUUUUUUUUCAUUUCAUUCAUUUAAUGACGUCACAGAGAGAUGCUGCCUUUUGAAAAAUGCUAGUUUUUCAAAUGUAGGUUGGAAUAGAUAAUAGCAAAAAUAAGAUGUGUAAAAUUUGCUUAUUGUAAAAGGGGAUGUGUGCAACUAGAGAUUAGCAUUUAGUCCGCUACUGUUGGGCCAAUACAUGCAAAUUUUCCUUGAACGUUUUUUUUCUAGGUGUGUGUUCGCAUCACUCAUCAUUUGUUGGAAUCAUUUACAGAGAUGUUUUUUGCUAGAUAGACAAAAGCACAAAUGGCGUUUAUUGUUGUCACAUGAUUUUGGGUUGUAUUUUUUUUGGAUUGCUUUGUUUUUUUCUUUUCAGGACAAUGUGCAACACCUUUAUUAAGGAAGCUGCUAUUAUUGUUCACUGUGUUACAGGUAAUGACGACUUCUUUUUCCUCUUUUUUUUUUCAGUGGUAUUUAGUUUUUUUUCAUUUUUCCACUAUUCAUCAAAGACUACAACAUAUGACCACUGUGGUCAAAUGUGAUUUAUGCAAUAAAAUGUUUACUGGGGUUGUGACACCACAGGAGACCCAGAGCGGUUGUACAGACUUUGCAAUCAAAGCACAAUGUGCAAAUGCUACCAUUUUUUUAGUCAAAGGAAGAGAGGUGUUUAUAUACAGAGUAAAUCUUUGUGCUUUAAAAAAUGUGCUUUUUAAAGGUGUAAAAAAAAUAAAUAAAAGCAUUUUUCUUAAACGUUUGGUAUAAUCUCUUUGUCCGCACCUUAUAAUGAAGAGCUCCAUACAGGUUUAUCAUCUUUCAUGUCCAUUAUGGAGCUGAUAAAUUGAUAAAUUAACAUGUAUAGGUUUCCAGCUUUUCUUUGUCUUGUGUGAUCAAAAACUGAAUAUCUUUGUGUUCUGGCUGACGAGUAAUGUGAAGACGGCACCCUGGUUUACAGUUAUACUGAAAAUAAUUGUUAAUUUAUUCCAUUAUAUUUUUACCAAGCGGCAACCUCUGUGGCUGUAAAAUGAAGCCUAUGUAGAAGUGCCAAAAACGGCAAUUCCCAUGUUAAAACCUUC